UAAAAAUUCCUCUUCUACUAAGGUUAACGCCGACAUAGGAUUCGGACUUUUGUGCUUCGUAGCCCCACGAGGUGGAUAUGGAUUGGAGUCAUAGAUCCGUUCAGUGCAUUUUGAUCCUAUGGAUGUGUGGGGAAAGAUGGGAGAUAUAAAUGUAUAUAUACUAGGUAGGUAUCCUCUGUGCAUCUCAUUUCUUUCGUUUCGUUUAAGCCAUACGACUCUACAAGUAUAUCUAUCUAUUUGACUAUUUAUUUGACUAUUCACCACUCACUACACGCAAGAUACGACGAAUCAAAAUGCCAUCGGGAGGAUGUUUGUGUGAUGCGGUAAUUAUCUUCUCUUCUUCUAUUAUCUAUAUUAUGUCGUAUAUAAAAUUACAAUAUCUAUCUAUAUUACACGCGCUCAUCCCUCUCCCCGUAUGUGUGCUGACCUUUGUCCUUAAAGAUUCGCAUAAGCUACAUGGGCGAACCAGAUGCUCAUGUUCUAUGCCAUUGCAAGGAUUGUCAAAAAAUUAGUGGCGCAACGUAUAGUAACAAUCUCGUGCUACCAGAGGGGCAAUUCAAGCUUGAAUCGGGUCCGUCUUUCCUCCUUUUCCCUUUCUCCAUUCACAUUUUCCCUUUUCCCGCCCUCCCCUCUCUUAACAACCACUAUCCCGUGUCCAAACCUAAUACGCCCAGGCAAACCCAAAACCAUCACCAAAACAGCCGACUCCGGCAAGAAAAUCACCUCUCACUUCUGUGGUGAUUGCGGCACCACUCUAUACCGGACUGGCGACACUUUUGUCAACCAGGUUAUUCUCAAAGCUGGUGUUUUGGACGAUAAGAAUUGGGCAGAUGAGAAUGUUCCCAAGGGCGAGCUGUAUGCCGGAGGAAGGGUAAAGUGGGUUUCUGCUAUUCCUGGUGCUGCCCAGAUCGAUAAAAUGCCUUCAUAAAGGAGCCUGUCAGAAGAUCGAGUUGGUAGAUGAUUGUGAUAGUUAGAUUGGGUAUAAUGUGUUGGGUAUAAUGCAUCCAUAUCCUGCGUGUUGAAGUCAUCAAUUCUGUGAAUGGUUUGUCGAUCGAUGUUUGUAGAACGUCCGGGUAUUGUGCUGGCUCUUCGUCACUGCUAUGUGCUGUAUGUUCGAUGAUAGAAAGUGAUGUCACCGAGAAGGUAAAACUUUCCUC